AUGAGUUCUGAGAGAAAUGUCAAUGGACAUAGUCCAUUGACAUCUAAGCCACAUUUUGGUCCAUUGGCCAACCUAGGGGUAUGGCUUAUUGAUUUUGAUACUAUUUGCGCAAAAAAAGAAUUUUCCCUUCCUUCUGAAAUUCUGACUCCUCAGGUGAUAGCGGAAAGAUCAAGCACCAGAUUUCCUGCGCGUCAGUCAAGGCCAAAUGGCCCAUAUUCGUUUGACCUUGGCGAGGGUUCUUCAGCUUCAACUUUGACAUCGCACAAAACGAUUAAGAGAACUUAUGCUAACGGCAAUAAUGAAAACUACUCAACGUCUGCCUGGAGAUCAUUUCAAGGUCGAUCUUAUACAGCUCGAAAAAGAAAAAAUAGUCGUCAGUUAGAUGAAGAAGAAAUCAGGGCACUUCCAGAACAGCCAAAAUAUGAAAAAUAUAAUGCACGUGCAUUUAGUGAGAAUCCUUUCAUGAAACAAACCACACCAUCGACACUUGUCAAAGGAUCUUACAAACUGAAUGCUGAAAAAAUAGAGCGUUCGUUUUUACAAGCCUGUUUUAAUCAACAUGUUAAUGCUUUAAUUCAAGCUGCUGAAUGGCUUGAAAACAACCAUAUCUGA